AACUCAUGGCUGAGUGAGCCUCCCCUGGGUCCAGCACCCACCCAGCAUGGUCCAGGCCCGUGGGGGGCGCUCCAGAGCACAGCUGCCUGCCGGGUCUUUGGGGGCAGCCAUGACCCAGCCUCCGCCCCGCAAAGCGCCAGCCAAGAAACACGUGCGGCUGCAGGAAAGGCGGGGCUCCAGCGUGGCUCUGGUGCUGGAUGUACGGUCCCUGGGGGCUGUGGAGCCCAUCUGCUCGGUGAACACCCCCCGGGAGGUCACCCUGCACUUUCUGCGCACAGCUGGACACCCCCUCAGCCGCUGGGUUCUGCAGCACCAGCCGCCCAGCCCCCAGCAACUGGAAGAGGAGUUCUUGAAGAUCCCCCCAAACUUUGUCAGCCCCGAAGACCUGGAUAUCCCUGGCCAUGCCUCGAAGGACCGAUACAAGACCAUCUUGCCAAAUCCCCAGAGCCGCGUGUGUCUUGGCCGGGCACAGAGCCAAGAGGAUGGAGACUACAUCAAUGCCAACUACAUCCGAGGCUAUGACGGGCAGGAGAAGGUCUACAUUGCGACCCAGGGCCCGAUGCCCAACACUGUGUCGGACUUCUGGGAGAUGGUGUGGCAGGAAGAAGUGUCGCUCAUUGUCAUGCUCACUCAGCUCCGGGAGAGCAAGGAGAAAUGUGUCCACUACUGGCCCACAGAUGAGGACACGUACGGGCCCUUCCGGAUCCGUGUCCAAGAGGAGAGAGAGCUCCCAGAAUACACCGUGCGGCAGCUCACCAUCCAGCACCAGGAGGAGUGCCGGUCAGUGAAGCAUGUACUCUUCUCAGCCUGGCCUGACCACCAGACCCCGGAGUCGGCUGGGCCACUGCUACGCCUGGUGGCCGAAGUGGAGGACAGCCCAGAGACAGCUGCCGGCAUGGGGCCCAUCGUGGUCCAUUGCAGUGCAGGGAUUGGCCGGACCGGCUGCUUCAUCGCCACCCGGAUAGGCUGCCAACAGCUGAAGGCCCGAGGGGAAGUGGACAUCCUGGGCAUCGUGUGCCAACUGCGGCUGGACAGGGGGGGCAUGAUCCAGACCUCGGAGCAGUACCAGUUCCUGCACCACACCCUGGCCCUGUACGCUGCCCAGCUGCCUGGGGAGCCCAGCCCCUGACCCCUGGCACCCUCCCUGGCCUGGGAAGGUGGAUCUGGGGAAAGUGGGACUUGCGACCUGGGGGCCCCCUGGGUGGG